UAUAAAACCAUGUAGAUUUGCUCAAGCAGGCAACAGUGACAGGACAAGCUGAGCCAAGCACACUAAUACAACUUCUUCUCUACUGACUUCAACAGAUCUUUCUCAAUUCAGAAAAAAAUGGAAUCCAAGAUGGCAUGCAACCUGACCGAGAUGUGGAGCCCCAAGAUGCCAAAGGGACUGGACCUGGAGAUCUCCCAUCAUCCAAUGACAAUGAGGCGCGUGGUCAGCCUCAUCAUUGCCAUGGAGAGGCUGAAGGCUGGCAGAUCAGAGUCAGUGCUGAGCACUGAAUUCAGAGAUGAGAACCUGCUUGACAUCAUGCUGGAGAACAUAGUGGAUGAGCAUGUGUUCGAGCGUACUUCAGCUCCACCAGAUCAGUUCAGCAGGACAGGUGAGCACCAGUGCACCGUGACCGACAGCCAGAAAAGGAGCUUAGUUCUGGUUGAAAACAGCAUGGAGCUCCACGCAGUUAUGCUGCAGGGAGGCAGCAACAACCGCAAAGUUCAACUGAACAUGUCGACCUACGUGCACCCGUCCCCCAUCGCUGAGGCAAGACCUGUGGCUCUGGGCAUUAAGGGCACAAAUCUCUACCUGUCGUGCCACAAGCAAGGUGACGAGCCAACCCUGCAUCUGGAGGCAGUGGAAGACAAAAACAAUCUGCUGGCGAUCACCUCGGAAAGCGACAUGGCGCGAUUUCUGUUCUACAAACGGGACACCGGGCUGAACAUCAGCACCCUCAUGUCUGCCCGCUUCCCUGACUGGUACAUCAGCACAGCAGAGAGUGACAGUAAGCCAGUAGAAAUGUGCCUGGAGAGUGCCAGACGCUACAGAACCUUCAACAUCCAGCGUCAGAGUUAAUACCUUCUAAGGACACCCAAGGUGGAAUGUGGAUCUGCAUAUUGGGAUCAUCUUAACAUGAACAUCUGGGUAUUCAACAGAGUGUAUUCUAUAUUGCACUUCAGCUAUUUUAAUUUAAACAAUCAGCAAUGAAGAUGUAAUUUAAACAAAAGUACUACCACUAUUACUAUUUACUGUAUGUACCAAGUACAGAAAGUGAAAUGCUUAGUUAAUUGACAUGAUCAAGUUUCACCACAAGGUGGCGUUGUUGUGCUGUCUGGUGAGCACUGUAUAUUUACAUGACACUGUUAAUGCUUUUAUCUAUUUUAUUUAUUUAUCUAUUUAUGCACUAUUUUAACAUAUAUAUUUAUUUGGAAAUCUGCUUACUAACAUUUUUUAACGUGACAUGCAACAAAUCUUUAAUAAAACCUUAUAACUUAUUUGGACUUGUGUUAUGUGCUCACUCGGGAGAGAUGACUAGAUGAACUUGAACUAGAACUGUCUAGAACAACUUUUCUGUUAUUUUCAGUGAAGACAGAGUAUCACGGGGGGCUUCGGUAUUUUUGGAAUUUGGAAUUAUUGUAACUGGCCUAUUAAAAUGAUUAACAAUAAUGUAGCACUCUGAAAGUGGCCAUUCUGCACAGGUAGUUAUACUUCUGAUACUUUUAAGUAUUUGCUCAAGGUAUACUCUGUGAGCUUUUUGUUUACACAAGCAUCAAACUGCAUAUUUCUUAAACUUGUCUUUUCCUUGAUUAAGAACUUGUGUAUCAGUGACUAUAUGUACAGUUGUAUGCAAAAGUACGUUGAUUUUUAAAGUGAAAGUAAAUGCAACUACUGCAGCAAAUAGACAUUAAAAUGUGACUUUGUUGUAAAUGUUUAUGCUCUGUCACAUGUUUGUGUGUGGCAUGAGCAA